AUGCCCUCGCUCGGCGCCGCCCUGCGCAGCAUCCGCUCUCAAAUCCCCGGCCUCAGCUCCGACCCCCGACCUCCCGCCGACCGCACCCCCCGCUAUCCGCCGCUCCCUCCGUGCGCUCCCUCCGCUGUUGUCGCUGCCCCUCUCCCCUCCGCCACCGCUUCCUCCCCGCUCUUCACGCGACUCCCCGCCGAGCUCCGGCACCUCAUCCUCGUAGCCGCCUUUGGCGACCUCGUCGUGCACAUGCAUCUGUCCCUCGAACGGCCUCCGCGCCGCCCCCGCAGGAACGCCCGCCGCGGGCCCGUGGCCGCCGCUAACUAUGCGGGCCACCCCGGGCGCCACGCGUUCGACCCGGACGCGCGUCCCUUCUGGCGCUGGCGCAGCUCCCGCUGCCACUCGCACUGCAGCCUCGCCCCCGGACUCUGGGGCACGGCGCUGUCUUCGGGCUUCGGCGGUGACCGCGACUACUGCGUCGCCGGCGAGAGCUGUGGCCACCCCGGCGCCCCGGAGUCGUGCCGCCUCGGCGCGCUCGGCUGGCUCCUGACCUGCCGGGAGGCAUACCGCGAGGGCUUCCCCGUGCUUCUCGGCGCCAGCACGGUGCGCCUGCACGGCACGUUCAUGUUCGCGCGGCUGCCCGCGCUGCUCCCUCCAUCCACCCUGGAAAGCCUCGUCUCCGUGGCGCUCUUCUGGGACCUCGGCUGGCUACCCGCUCACCCCCGGCCGCGGCCGCGCCCCGGCGACCACCCGGAGGAGUACGACUUCAUGGAGGGCCUGCUGCGGCUGCUCGCGCGGCUGCCGUCCACGCUGCCGAGUGUCCGCCGGCUGCACCUCUCCCUGCAGUGCGGUGACUUCGGGGAGGAUAGUGGCGCGGUGUGGCGGGCGUACGGGGCGCGGUGCCCGGCGGUACACGCGCGAGUCGAGGGGCUGGCGCGGAUGGUGCUGGCGGAGGUGCUGCGGAUGCCCCAGCUGAGCGAGUUUAGGUUGGCGCUGCCGAGGAGCAUGUUCAUGCCGUGGGUGCAGGAGGAGCUGGCCGUGACGCUGCGGUUCGAGGAGGCCUGUUGGGCGGAGCUGCCGGCGGAGGCGCUGCGGAGAGAGGUCCCGGCGGACUUGACAGGCGGCGAGGAGAGCGUGGCGGAAAUGGAUUCGUACUGGGUGGUUCUUGGGGUCUCGGACCUGCCGCCGUUGACGAUACGCUGCUUCUGCUAG